GCGGGCGAGGACCCCGUCGCGGCCGCGUCCCCUCGGGUCCUUGAGCCGGGUCCUUGAGCCGGCGCCGAGCGCGGAGCCAUGGCCUUGAGGCUGCUGAGACGCGUCCCCGCGUCCGCCUGCGCGACCUCGCGGGGCCUCGCGGAGGCCGCCCAGCGCGCGGGAGGGAUUCACACAAGCGUCCAGUGCGGGCGGCAGUACGGCCCGCUGGCAUACUUACUCGGCGAAAGAACAACCAACAAGCUGACAGAAAGCAGCAAAGUGAUAACCGUGGACGGCAAUAUAUGUUCUGGGAAAAGCAGGCUUGCCAAGGAGGUAGCAGAGAAGCUGGGCCUGAAGCACUUUCCUGAAGCAGGGAUCCACUACGCAGACAGCACCACUGGGGAUGGCAGACCCCUGGACAUACAGCUCAGCGGCAACUGCAGUUUGGAGAAGUUUUAUGAUGACCCGAAAAGUAACGACGGCAACAGCUACCGCCUGCAGUCCUGGUUGUACGCCAGUCGCCUCCUGCAGUACGCAGACGCCUUGGAGCACCUGCUGAGCACAGGACAAGGUGUGGUGCUGGAACGCUCCAUCUACAGUGACUUUGUCUUCCUGGAGGCGAUGUACCGACAGGGCUUCAUCCGGAAGCAGUGUGUGGAUCAUUACAACGAGGUGAAGAAGGUCACCAUCUGCGAGCACCUGCCCCCGCAUGUGGUCAUCUACGUCGACGUGCCCGUCCCCGAGCUCCAGGGCCGGAUCCAGAAGAAGGGAAACCCACAUGAGAUGAAGAUCACCUCCGCCUACCUUCAGGACAUCGAGAAUGCCUAUAAGAAGACCUUCCUUCCCGAGAUGAGUGAAAAAUGUGAGGUGUUACAGUACAGUGCAAGGGAAGCUCAAGAUGCAGAAAAGGUGGUUGAGGAUAUUGAGUAUCUGAAGUACGACAAAGGCCCGUGGCUGGACCAGGACAACCGCACCUUCCACAACCUGAGGAUGCUGGUUCAGAACAAGUUGGAGGUGCUGAAUUACACGACCAUCCCUGUCUAUCUCCCAGAGCUCACCAUCGGCGCUCACCAGAGUGACCGGGUCUUCUAUGAGUUCGCAGAGUUCCUAGAAAGGCAGGGCCACGUGCGCCUCUGGGCAGCCUUGCAGGUCAGCGUGUUACCUUGACCUGCCCGGCCGCAAGUACAGCCCCGGCUACAACAAGGACGUGGGGGACACGUGGAUCUGGCUGAAGUGAUGGACGCCCCUGCGGAAGCUUCCUUGUGAGGAGGAAGACACACCCAGCCCGACUCCCCUGCACUCCAUGUAGCUUAAAACUGGGGUUGGGGUGAAUGAUCCUAAAAUUGCACAGUGGAGGACACGGCCCAGCAGACGGCCUGCCCAGCAGUGUGGUGGAAGGAGUGCAAAGGCACCCCCAUUUAGGGGGAGACCGCCCAGCUUUAUUCCAGAACCAUUAUCACCAGGAGAAAGGGUCUGCCGUGAAAGAGCAGGUGUCACUAAGAGACACUUCAUCGCAGCCAGCCUCUGUCGGGCAGGUUCUGUACGCUGUGUCUUCAGACUUCAAGAAAUAAAACUGUUCUAUGGCA